CCGCGCUGGUCACAUGACGGGCCGGCGGCGGCGGCAGCGGCGGCAGCGGUAGCGGCCGCGGCGUCUUAAGCGGCGCCCAGUGCAGGAUGGUGCUGGAGGCGGCGGCCGUGGUGGCGGCGGCGUCGUUGGUGGCAGUGGGAGGGGGUGCGGUGGCGGCAGCAGCGGCGGCGCCCGCGGGUGAUAUAAAAUGGCGGAUUUCGAAGAGUUGAGGGAUCUCCAGUACAAUGUUGCAUAGAAGCUGUGAUGGGGGCAUCCUGAUCUUGUUCCUGAUUUUAAAGGGAAUGCUUUCAAAGUUUCACAAGUGGCUGUACCAUUUUACAUUCCUACCAGCAAUGUACGGAGUGAUCCAGUUUCUCUGCAUCCUCACCAGCAUUUGGUGUUAUCACUGUUUUUCAUUUUAGCCAUUCUGAAUAUGGUUUCUAGUUUUAGGGUUUCUGAACUGCAAGUGUUACUAGGCUUUGCUGGACGGAAUAAAAGUGGACGCAAGCAUGACCUCCUGAUGAGGGCGCUGCAUUUAUUGAAGAGUGGCUGCAGCCCUGCGGUUCAGAUUAAAAUCCGAGAAUUGUAUAGACGCCGAUAUCCACGGACUCUGGAAGGCCUUUCUGACUUGUCUGCAAUCAAAUCAUCAGUUUUCAGUCUGGAUGGUGGCUCAUCACCAGUAGAGCCUGACUUGGCUGUGGCUGGAAUCCACUCGUUGCCUUCCACUUCAAUUACACCUCACUCACCGUCCUCUCCUGUUGGUACUGUGCUGCUUCAGGAUACUAAGCCCACAUUUGAGAUGCAGCAGCCAUCUCCCCCAAUUCCUCCUGUCCAUCCUGAUGUGCAGUUAAAAAACCUGCCCUUUUAUGACGUCCUUGAUGUUCUCAUCAAGCCCACAAGUUUAGUUCAAAGCAGUAUUCAACGAUUUCAAGAAAAGUUUUUUAUUUUUGCUUUGACACCUCAACAAGUUAGAGAGAUAUGCAUAUCCAGGGAUUUUUUGCCAGGUGGUAGGAGAGAUUAUACAGUCCAAGUUCAGUUGAGACUUUGCCUGGCAGAAACAAGUUGCCCUCAAGAAGAUAACUAUCCCAAUAGCCUAUGUAUAAAAGUAAAUGGGAAGCUGUUUCCUUUGCCUGGCUACGCACCACCACCUAAAAAUGGGAUUGAACAGAAGCGCCCUGGACGCCCCUUGAAUAUUACAUCUUUAGUUAGGUUAUCUUCAGCUGUGCCAAACCAGAUUUCCAUUUCUUGGGCAUCAGAAAUUGGAAAGAAUUACUCCAUGUCUGUGUAUCUUGUACGACAGCUCACAUCAGCCAUGUUAUUACAGAGAUUAAAAAUGAAAGGUAUUAGAAACCCUGAUCAUUCCAGAGCACUAAUUAAAGAAAAACUUACUGCAGAUCCUGAUAGUGAAAUUGCCACAACUAGCCUUCGGGUAUCCUUGAUGUGCCCUUUAGGAAAAAUGAGGCUGACAAUCCCGUGCCGUGCAGUGACUUGUACACAUCUGCAGUGUUUCGAUGCUGCCCUUUAUCUACAAAUGAAUGAGAAGAAGCCCACCUGGAUUUGUCCUGUGUGUGACAAAAAAGCUGCCUAUGAAAGUCUAAUAUUAGAUGGGCUUUUUAUGGAAAUUCUCAAUGACUGUUCUGAUGUGGACGAAAUCAAAUUCCAAGAAGAUGGUUCUUGGUGUCCAAUGAGACCGAAGAAAGAAGCUAUGAAAGUAUCCGGCCAACCGUGUACUAAAAUAGAAAGUUCAAGUGUCCUCAGUAAGCCUUGUUCAGUGACUGUAGCCAGUGAGGCAAGCAAGAAGAAAGUGGAUGUUAUUGACCUAACAAUAGAAAGCUCUUCUGAUGAAGAGGAAGACCCUCCUGCCAAAAGGAAAUGCAUCUUUAUGUCAGAAACACAAAGCAGCCCAACCAAAGGGGUUCUCAUGUAUCAGCCAUCUUCUGUAAGGGUGCCCAGUGUGACUUCGGUUGAUCCUGCUGCUAUUCCGCCUUCAUUAACAGACUACUCAGUACCAUUCCACCACACGCCAAUAUCAAGCAUGUCAUCAGAUUUGCCAGGUUUGGAUUUUCUUUCCCUUAUUCCAGUUGAUCCCCAGCAGUACUGUCCUCCUAUGUUUUUGGAUAGUCUCACCUCACCCUUAACAGCAAGCAGUACGUCUGUCACCACCACCAGCCCCCAUGAGAGCAGUACUCAUGUUAGCUCAUCCAGCAGCAGGAGUGAGACAGGGGUCAUAACCAGCAGUGGAAGUAACAUUCCUGACAUCAUCUCGUUGGACUAAAGGAGGACUCACUUGAUUCUGGGAAUCAUUCAUCAAAAUUGCUCUUUCUUGGAUUUCUGGUUUGUGGAAGCUAUAUUUUUGACAAUUUGGUAUUUAUUGAAAUGUCAAAUGGAUUCUUUUGCUUUCUGAGAGAGAACACAGAUGACUGCAUCAAGAACCAAAUGGCAUGGAAGGAUUUUUCUUACUUGUGCUGUACUUUGAGCAUUGGAUACAUUCAGCCAAAACUGUACCUUCUUAAGAGAUGGAUUUCAAUUUCAUACAUUACUGGAUGGAUCCUACAAAUCAGUUGAAGAUUUUUUUUGUUACAAUAAACAGCAAUAAAAAUUAUGUAAAUAUUCAAGUAAACUCUUUUCUAAUUAAAAAAUAAAAAGAUGUAAUCACUGAUUCUAGAAUGACACCAACUUCUGUUUAGCCUGCUGUGAAGGAAAAAGUAUUUGGAAAGAAGUUAUGUUUGCCGAAUGAGUCCUUUCCAUGGAGAUUUGUUCUAUUUUGUUGAAAUAAUGAAGUUUCUGUAAGUGGCCAAAGCUGGAGUUCCACUUUUCUUCUUGCAGUUCCACUUUUCUUCAUGAUCCCAUCAAAGAAAAAUGGGCUUUAUGUUACACAUUUUUCCCUGGUUAUCAGUUAUCACUUUGACAUUGUUUGCUAGUGGAUACAGAGUAAAGUUCUAGAAUUUGGCUGCUCUUUAUUAGUGAUUAUGUUUUAGGAACUCUGUGCAGAUUCUGUCCUGACACAAUGUAUUAUUUUUGGUAACUGUACAUUCUCAUUCUAGAGUUUUCUAUAAAUUUGGGUCUUCUCAAAGAAA